CUCCCUCUCCCUCUGUCUCUCUCUCUUUCUUUCUUUCUCUCUCUCUCUGUCUCGUAGGGCUUUCAGAGCGCCGCUUUUGGUCUCGAUCCGGGAGUGUAGUCUCUUCACUCAUUACCGCCGCAAUUGUCAGGAAUUUCAACGCUAUUAACUGCAAGAUUUCAAUUUUUCUUCCCUUUUUCUGCCACAUUUCUCUCCCAGCAUCCGAAUUGGUAGCAGAUAUACAAGCGUGAUGGAAGUCACCCAGGUGCUUUUGAAUGCACAAGCAGUGGAUGGAACCGUGCGGAAACAUGCAGAGGAAACUUUGAAACAGUUUCAGGAGCAAAAUCUCGCUGGAUUCUUGUUGUCUCUUUCUGGGGAGCUUGCUAGUGAUGAGAAACCUGUCGACAGCCGGAGAUUAGCAGGUCUGAUUCUAAAAAAUGCUUUGGAUGCGAAGGAACAACAUAGGAAGUUUGAGCUUGUUCAAAGAUGGUUGUCACUAGAUGUGGCGCUGAAAACCCAGAUCAAGACAUGCUUGCUACAGACCCUCUCAUCUCCUGUGCCUGAUGCUCGUUCAACUGCAUCACAAGUCGUUGCAAAGGUUGCAGGCAUUGAGCUGCCGCAGAAACAGUGGCCUGAACUGAUAGGAUCCCUCUUGUCAAACAUUCACCAGGCUCCUGUUCAUGUUAAGCAAGCUACUUUAGAAACUCUUGGGUAUUUGUGUGAAGAAGUUUCUCCAGAUGUCAUAGACCAAGAUCAAGUAAAUAAAAUACUUACAGCUGUAGUUCAGGGUAUGAAUGCAUCUGAAGGGAACAAUGAUGUGCGACUUGCUGCUACGCGAGCAUUGUAUAAUGCUCUUGGCUUCGCUCAGGCAAAUUUUACUAAUGAUAUGGAGCGUGACUAUAUUAUGAGAGUUGUUUGUGAGGCAACUUUAUCUCCAGAAUUGAAGAUUCGACAGGCAGCUUUUGAGUGUUUGGUCUCCAUUUCGUCAACUUAUUAUGAGAAAUUAGCUCCAUACAUCCAGGAUAUUUUUAACAUCACGGCAAAGGCUGUGAAGGAAGAUGAAGAGCCUGUUGCUCUUCAAGCCGUUGAGUUCUGGAGCUCAAUUUGUGACGAGGAGAUAGAUAUUUUGGAAGAGUAUGGGGGUGAAUUUACCGCAGACUCUGAUGUCCCUUGCUUUUAUUUUAUUAAGCAGGCUCUUCCUGCACUUGUUCCUAUGCUGUUGGAGACACUUCUUAAGCAGGAGGAAGAUCAGGAUCAGGAUGAAGGAGCUUGGAAUCUUGCUAUGGCUGGGGGAACUUGCCUUGGUUUGGUUGCACGGACAGUGGGAGACGAGAUUGUCCCACUUGUUAUGCCUUUCAUUGAAGAGAACAUAACAAAGCCUGAUUGGAGGCAGAGAGAGGCAGCCACUUACGCCUUUGGUUCUAUCUUGGAGGGUCCGUCUCCUGACAAGUUAAUUCCCACUGUAAAUGUUGCACUGAAUUUCAUGCUCACUGCAUUGACAAAUGACCCUAAUAGCCACGUGAAGGACACAACAGCUUGGACUCUGGGAAGAAUAUUCGAAUUCCUUCAUGGUUCAACUGUGGAGACGCCCAUUAUUACUCAGGGAAAUUGCCAGCAGAUUAUCACCAUUCUCCUUCAGAGCAUGAAAGACACUCCAAAUGUUGCCGAGAAGGCCUGUGGUGCUCUUUAUUUUCUGGCUCAAGGUUACGAGGAUGUGGGCAUAUCAUCUCCCCUAACUCCUUAUUUCCAGGAAAUCGUUCAGUCACUUCUCACUGUUACUCACAGAGAGGAUGCUGGGGAGUCACGAUUGAGGACUGCUGCAUAUGAGACAGUGAAUGAAGUGGUGAGGUGUUCGACGGAUGAAACAUCUCCCAUGGUUUUGCAGUUAGUUCCUGUUAUAAUGAUGGAGCUUCACCAAACUCUUGAAGCACAGAAGCUUUCAUCUGAUGAACGAGAGAAGCAGAACGAGUUGCAAGGGCUUCUUUGUGGUUGCUUACAGGUCAUCAUUCAGAAGUUAGGGGCAUCAGAGUCGACUAAGUACGUCUUCAUGCAAUAUGCAGAUCAAAUCAUGAGUCUCUUUCUCAGGGUUUUUGCUUGUAGAAGUGCGACUGUGCAUGAGGAGGCAAUGCUUGCCAUUGGAGCCCUUGCCUAUGCCGCUGGCUCAGACUUUGCAAAGUACAUGCCAGAGUUUUAUAAGUACUUGGAAAUGGGUCUUCAGAAUUUUGAGGAAUACCAAGUCUGUGCUGUCACAGUGGGUGUCGUUGGUGAUAUAUGCAGGGCGUUGGAUGAUAAGGUUCUGCCUUACUGCGAUGGCAUUAUGACCCAGCUCCUUAAAGACUUGUCAAGCAACCAGUUGCACAGAUCUGUGAAACCUCCUAUUUUUUCAUGCUUUGGUGACGUAUCCCUUGCAAUAGGGGAAAAUUUUGAGAAGUAUUUGAUGUAUGCCAUGCCUAUGCUCCAGAGUGCGGCAGAGUUGUCUGCCCACACAUCAGGUGCGGAUGAUGAAAUGAUCGAGUACACCAAUCUCCUAAGAAAUGGAAUAUUGGAGGCUUAUUCGGGGAUCUUUCAAGGUUUUAAAAACUCUCCUAAAACUCAGCUGUUGAUUCCUUAUGCACCGCACAUCCUCCAGUUCCUGGAUAGCAUUUACAUGGAGAAAGACAUGGAUGAUGUGGUGAUGAAAACUGCGAUUGGGGUUCUUGGAGAUCUAGCAGAUACACUGGGUAGUAAUGCAAGUGGUUUGAUUCAGCAAUCCCUCUCAAGCAAAGACUUUUUAAACGAAUGCUUGUCCUCAGAUGACCAUUUGAUUAAAGAAUCUGCCGAGUGGGCCAAGUUGGCUAUCAGCCGUGCCAUUUCUGUUUGAGGCUUUGGCCACUUGGUAUACACUUUUGCUUUUAGAAGUCCCUGCAUGCAUAUGAGUGUGUCGAGUGGGGG